AUGACACUACCAAGAGUUUCACGAAAUUCCAGGAUUGUAGCCGAUAAUGUUCAGUACGAUACACCCGAGACAGAUAAUGGUAGUACUUCAGCAAACCGGAGGACACCAUUACCAGUUGUGGAUACUCCUAGCAGCGCUCCUAAUCCUGCUAAAUCUAGCUCACCCAAACAAAGUACCAGAAUUAUUCCGACGGCGUCAGUGAAACGCACAGCAAAUAAACAUACGCUCAAGCCCGCCAAGUUUAAACGGAAGGUAGGUGCUAAAAAGCCUACGACACGACCAGUGCGGGAAGUAGUGCCUCGCUCCUCUGGAAUUAUUGCAGGAGCUAGCGGAACUAAUCAAAAGCCCCCUCUUCCAACACCAAUAAAACCUCUGUUUGCGGUACCUCAUGCUUAA